AUGUGCUCCACUAUUGAGCAGAGCGACACUAUCGAGCAGAGCGAGAUAGUGUCGGUGACAGCUAGUGUUGCCGAUAGUGUCGGUGACAGCUACUGCAUUUGUUGGUUUAUUUUGGAAAGAAAAGAAGAGAUAAUGUCAUCAGGAAUCCAGUCAUUGUUGAAGACUGAAAAAGAGGCGGCGGAAAUAGUCAAUGAAGCCAGGAAAUACCGAACCAAUAGGUUGAAGACGGCUAAACAAGAUGCUCAGCAGGAGAUUGAAGAUUACAAGAAACUGAAGGAAAAAGAACUACAAAAGUAUGAAAAAGAGCACGAAGGAAUUAAUGAGCAGAUUGACAAGGACGCAGAUGUCGAGGUAGAAACUGAAUUGAAACAUUUAAAAGAGCAAUUUGAAAAGAAAAAACUGGACGUUGUUAAAUUAUUAGUUGAAGCUACAAUCACGUCGCAUCCACUGUUACACAUCAAUGCAACUAAGUAA